AUGCACAACAGUUGCUGCCCUUUCUCUUUUCCUAUCCUGGAUGAGGUGCUACCCCCUGUCCUCAUCUUGGAGUUCGUCUUUGGGCUGCUAGGAAACGGCCUUGUCCUGUGGAUGUUCGCCUUCCAUACGGACACAUGGAAGCCCAAUUCUGUCUACCUGGCACACCUUGCUGUGGCCGACACCAUAGUGCUCUUCUGCUUGCCCUUCAGGGCUGUCUACUACCUGCGGAGGAAAGACUGGAUCUACGGCGACGCGCUGUGCCGCGUCCUGAUGUUCCUGUUGGCUGCCAAUCGAGCUGCUGGCAUUUUCUUCCUCACGGCCGUGGCCGUGGACCGCUACUUCAAGGUCGUUCACCCACUCAACCGGGUCAGCCGCAUGACCUUGGGACAAGCCACGCUGGUGUGCUGCUGCCUUUGGGUAGUCAUCGUCAGCAUGACCAUCAACUUACUCUUGUCUUCACACCUUCACGACCUCGACGACAACCGAACGCAGUGCGAGAGCUUCAACAUCUGUAUGAACUACACAGCAAGCAGUGCCUGGCACGACAGCCUCUACGUCCUGCAGUUCUCCGUUCCUACCGUGAUCAUUGUGUUCUGCACCGUGUGCAUCACUCUCCAGCUGAAGAGCAAGACGGUGGACACCGACGGGAGGAUCAAGAGAGCGGUCUACUUUGUGCUCACUGUCGCUCUGGUUUUCAUCGUCUGUUUCCUCCCGAGUACACUAUCCCGCACGGCCAUAUGGGUCCUAAGGGCCUGGUACGACGAGUGCUCUCACUUUGAACAGGUCGAUUUGGCUUUCUACACCACCGUGUGUCUGACGUAUUUCAACAGUGUCCUGAACCCGGUGGUGUACUACUUCUCCAGCCCAGCCCUGAGCGGAACCAUCCGGAGGGUUUGGCACAAACUCCUUUGUAGACCGUUGCCGGAGAGGAAUGAAGAGGAGAGAAACCCACCACGGUCCAACACCAGACCUUUCUCACUGUCAGGGCAAGUCUGA